GGUCGGUGGGGGACAGCAGCCAUCGUGCAUGCCCCGUUUCGACCCGGGACUGUACGCAGACCUCCCCUUGUGGUAACAGCCGCUGCCUGACGACGAGUGAUGGGAACCACCAUUGUCUGCCGUCCCCCUGGCGUACGGAUCUACGCAGUCCAUCUCCGACUGCGGAAUGGAACGGGCGGAGCUUCGUCAGCAGCAGGCCCCCAUGACAUCUGUCCCGAUGCGUGGACAGCGGCAGGGCAUGGGACCGCUCUCAACCUGCAGCUAUCAUCUGGGGGGCAAGCGACCGCAUCAAGAACGUUGCUGGUGAAUCCUCCCACCCGAUCUCAAGGGGAGCCGUCUGUCGGCUGCGAGGGAGGGCGAUCGACCACUGCCGGGGUGCAGCAGGCGGGGUAUCCUGUGAACAACGGAGGAGCGACCGGGGCAGCGGCAAGAGCUGCCAGCGGUGGUCGGGGGACCGCUGCAACGGCAGCGGGGCGAGGGGAGCGCAGAGAGGCGGAUGUGGUGGAACACAUCAUCGCACGUGUCUCCACCAUGCGUGCGGCAAGCGACAGCGAUGGAGGUCGAGAAGGUUGGGUUGAGGAUGGCCAGUGCGACUAUGCAGAUGAAAUAGACGACGAGGAAGAAGACGAAGACAAGAUAAAUGACGAUGUUCCUCAGGCUUCCACCGGCCGCAAGAAGACACCUGCGAAGAAAGGCGGAAUCGAAGGGGCGAGGUAAAGGAAAGGCGCCAAGCGGGGGGCGGACCAUAUGGAGUUUGGAUGACUCCCUCACACUUGUCCGCUGUAAGCGAGAUCAAGAUGAGGCCUUGGCCACCGUGGGGCACAACUUUGCUCGUAUGAAGAACAAAGAGUGGAAAUGGACGGAUAUCGCCAAUCGCAUGGGUGCGUUAGGGGUGAAGCGGGAUUGGGAGCAGUGAAUGAAGCGCUGGGAAGAAC